CUUUCGUCCACCAGAGAGGCGACUUUACGAGGUGUUUGCAGAUCUCAAUAAGUUGUUCUUAGUUAGAGUUAGUAGCUAACAUCUUCCUAACUAUCUGACGUCUUAAUGAACACUUCUGUAUGCGAGAUUUCGAAGAAAUAACUUAAGCCUGGACAUGACAAAGCAUGGGCAGCUACAGUGACUUCAGCAGUGACCUAGAUGAGGAGUUGCCUGUGUUUGACUUCCUGAGCCAAACCUCCCAGAAGCUCGCAGAGAGGAAGACAGACUUGGUUAACCUGGUUGACUCUGAUGCAGAGGAGCGUUCCUCGUCUUUUCCAGCCUCAGCGAAGGGUGAAGCGGGUACAUCUGAUGUGAUGAUGAUCAGCAGCGAUUCUGAUGACGAAGCGCCUUAUGUCCCUCUGGCACAGAGACUAAAACAGCGACAGGACAAUUUGAUUAGAGCCUCCUCUGCUGCUACUAAUGGAAAAGAUGCUGAGCAGCGUCCACCGUCCAAUCAGGCCCGCUCACAACUUUCUGGCCAGGUUGGCCUACCAGAGUCAGAGCUCCUGCUCAGCGUUCAUCAGGUGAGAACAGGAAGCCUGGCAGGCUCCAACAGCUCAGAAGAGGCGGCUUCUCUUCAGCGGUUUCUCCUUCCGAAGACGCUUUCUGGUGCAGAGAGCUCAGACUCCUCCUCUGCCAAGAGGAAACCUGCCAAGCGUACGGCGGAGGAGAUCCAGGCCUCCAGGGAGGAGGCCCUGAGGAGGAGGCAGGCCAAGGAGAUACAGCACCAGGACAAGGAGGCGCUCAGGCAGGAACAAGAGAGACAGAAAGCAGAGAAGAAAGCUCUGGCGGAGGCUGCCAAGGCUCUGAGGCCAGAGGAGUGUAUUAAGCACAUGGUGGUGACUGUAGAUCCAGCUCUGUUACAGCUGGAGGGAGGCGGGACUCUGCUGGCCUCGGUGCAGGCUCUGGGCUGUAGCUGCGCUAUCGAGAAGCAGCCAAUCCCACGCAGUGUCAGCUGGAUGAGGAGGACUCCCUGUGCACAGCCAGAUGAUGGAGCGUGUGUACCUGAGGCUCACGUAGUGAUACAGAUGACAGCUGAUGACUUCAUCGCUCUGAUUCACAGCUACAUUCAGGAGGAGAGGCUUGGCGGGUCAGUAUGUGGUCCCACUCUGACGUCCUGGGUGCAGGCACAGCAGAGGCGUCACCCUGACAAGGUUCUCUGCCUGGUGGUCAUCGACCUGGAGAAAUACUACAGGUCCCAGAAGUCUCAAAGCCAGAAGAAGUUUCGAGAGGCUGUGGCAGGAGGGGAGCAAGCGGGAGGGAGACAGGCGAAGAAGAGGAGGAAGAACGGUGGAGCUGAGGUGCUGCCUGAUCUGUCGAGAGUCGAAGUAGAAGAGGCUGUGGUGCAUCUCCAGCUGCACACUGGCGUCUCCGUCCGCUUCUUGUCCACCUGGAAGGAUUUCUCGGAUCACAUCACCAUGACAACCAAAGCGGUUGCAGAGGCCCCUUUCAAGCGAGAGAGGGAGAAGACGGGCUUCUCUUUCUACCUGGAGAGCGAGUGGGCGGGGGGGCAGCGGGUGGAUAAAGCCGGGAAGGGGCUGCUGCAAGUGUGGAAGAGACAGAUCCAGCAGUUCAACAGGGUCAGUCCAGACAUGGCCUCAGCCAUCCUGGCAGCUUAUCCCUCCCCACAGCUCCUCAAGAAGGCUUACAGCCUUUGCAAGACCGACAGAGAAAAGAUCUCCCUGCUGUCGGACAUUGUGAUUCGCAGAGGAGAGGGCGUCACCUCCACGACUCGACGGGUGGGUCCAGAGCUCUCCAAACGCCUCUUCCUCAUGAUGAACUCCUGCGAUGCAGAGCAGACUCUAGACUCCACCGUCUGACCUUUAGAAUUUUUUUCCCCCAGAGAACUCAACCUGUGUGUAAUCUGCUUCCCCAC